ACCGACUUUGCGUGAGAAGGAAAGAAGUGGGAGGAGAAAGAGUUUCUUGGAAGGGAAGAAUGGGUCGGCUCUCGGCUGUGGAGGUGUGGUCUCGUUAAAUUUAUAGGGCAUGAACUCCGCUUCAUGGACGGAAUCCGAGGAAGAAAAUUCUAUGGUGCCGUGCUGCAAAACCACACGUUUGCAGCACCGGGUGAUGGAAGCCAGCUGUUCCUAAGAACCAAUCACAAAGUACCGAAUCACACCAGCGCCAGACAAGAAAAUCCAGACCCGCGAGCGGCCAGCCGAGCCUGCAGUCUUUGUUCUAGUCGAGCCAGCCGCACCGAACGAGUCGCCGCUUGAGCCAACCAGUUGAGCCAUGGUCGUGUGUGCCUCUGACCCGAGCCAUGGUCGCGGGCCGCCGUCAAUGUGCCACCAGUGAGGACCGAAGCGAUGAUGCCCCUGCCGAGCAGCAACCGCCCUCGAUGCGCUGCCACUGCUUGUGUUCCGCCGGUGAGGAACGUUUGAUUUACGUUCUGUGGUAUUUGCUCACAGGUGCUUGUGUUCUUGUCACAAAUCAAUUCUCUGCAUUAUUUUUUCCUGAAUCUUUCUACGAUUUGUUAGUUCUAACUUCUAUAGAUACCCAUGCAUAUCUCCUGUUUGUUGAAAUGCCCGGCAAUCUCGACGGUACAAGCCUGCCCGGCAGUGACAAGCGUCAACACAUUAACAGCAGCAGCUUCGGCGAUCUAGGCAGUGCUGGUCUUAUGCGCAAGGACGUGCCUCAUCUCAUCAGCGCUGGCAGCCUCGGCGAUCUUGGUGGUGCCGGCAUGCUCGGCCGGGACAAACGCCAUCUCAUUAGCGGCAGCAGCCUCAGCGAUCUGGACGGCGCCAGCAUGCUUGACGGGCAGCUAUCACAUCGGUGGUUCAAUCUCGCGCACGCUGGGCAGCGAGGGAACCUUGGCGGCGCACUACUUGGACAUGAGAGGUUUUAAUGAGAACAUCACUCCUUCAGAUAUGGAUAAUAUUAUAAAUAAUCCUUAAAUCAUACAAGAGCUAAUUGUAAGAAUACGUGUGCGAUAAAUAAAUCACCAGAUGAACUCAUUUCUUACUUAGUCAUACUUUUUUAGAUGAGUUGCUACUAAAUUUUUUAUUAUAUUUUAUUGC